AUGUACCACGAGUUGAAGGCCGAGUAUGGUGAUUAUAUCAAUGAUUACGACGAGUCUGAGUGGGUUUUCAACAACGCUGGUAAUGCCAUGGGCACCAUGUUUGUGUUACAUGCUUCCAUUUCUGAAUACCUGAUUUUCUUCGGAACUGCUAUUGGUACCGAAGGUCAUACAGGAACUCACUUUGCCGACGACUACUUCCUAAUUCUCGCUGGCGAGCAAACUGCUGCUCCUGCUCAAGCCCGUCAACCCGAAGUAUACCUUCCCGGUGACUCGCAUCAUUUGCCCUGUGGAUACAACAAACAAUACCGAAUGCCUGCCGACUCCUGGGCACUCGAACUGGCCCAAGGCUGGAUCCCCACCAUGCUCCCCUUCGGAUUCAUGGAGGCCUUCACCUCGACUAUGGACUUCUACUCCCUGGCCAAGACAGUCCGUAUCAGUGCCGUCAACAUUGUCGGCAACCUCCUCAGGGGUAAGAUCUAA